UCUCUCUACACCCCCAAUCCAAUAAAAACAAUGGAGGAAGAGUACUCAGUAUGGGCUCUCCCACCGCCAGAAGCCCGCAACCGGAUCAAGGACCUGAUGCGGGUACUCCGAUCCGAAUUCGGCGGACCCGAAUUCGAUCCGCACAUCAGCCUCACCCGCGAAUCAGCUAGCCGUCAUCUUAAAUCCGCAUCCGAAACCCUCUCCCCUUUCACGGCCCGCGUUUCCGCUGUCUCCGGCCGACACUUGAUAUUCGAGUCAACCCCCCAGGUGAUGGAGGUAAGCGCCCGCUGCUGUGGUUACUUCGGGUUUAAAUAUUCAAGACCUUAUACGCCUCGCUCGAGCCUUUUAUAUGGUGAGCUAACAGAGGAGAAGAAUGAGAGAGUUCAAAAGCGUGUCCUUGAACUUGAUCAAGAGAUUGUGGGCUUCACGUUUGAAGUAUCCGAGAUCGGACUUGCUGAAACUGAUACUGAAGAUAAGAGCUUGAAGUCAUGGGAGAUUGUGGAGAUCAUGAAGCUUUACUGAGGCCGCCCCCCC